AUGAGGGUAGUUGGGCUUCUUAUGAAGAAACAAUUUCAUAGCUGUCGAAGGCUGCUCUCAGAUUUUGAGACGGUUCAUAUUCAGCAUACGAACAACUAUAAGAAGUUACUCAUGGAGAAGGGCAACUUUACGGAGGAACAAUCAAAUGCAAUUGUAGGUUUAAUGUCUGAUGCAAUAAAAGGUGGGAUUGCCCAUGUUUCACAGGAUCUUGCCAAGAGAGAGAGGUUAACACAGUUGACAUAUCAGCAACGGGUGGAUUUUACUAAACUGAGAGAUCAGCUAUUAAGUGCCGAUCGCAGUGAGUUUCAUAACAUUCAAAACGAGUAUGAAAGAGUGCGAAACGACCUUGAUAAGCUACGUAACAAGCUUAGAGAAGAGAUCACAAAGGCCAAUGCAGGUUUCAAAUUGGAUUUGUCGUUAGAGAAAGGUAGAAUAAGGGAGGAGAGCAGCCACCACGAUGUACAGAUCAAAGAGAUUGAUACUAGGAUUGACCAAGAAGUGACCAACAUUAAGAUGCAGAUUGAAUCCGUAAAGACCCAGGUGAUGCAAUGGCUUAUCGGUGUAUGUACUGGUACAUUUGCCCUUGUGUUAGCUUAUGUGAGAUUAUUAUCUUGA